AUGUUGGAUCCAACAAAUGUAGACAAUGAAUUGGAAAUUCCCGAAUGGAGGGCUUCCCUAGAGGAGGAGUCCAAUAUGAUUAACAAGAAUAAAACACAGGUACUCUUGAAGGAGUUCAAGAUUAAGAUGAAUUUAAAUGGAACACUAAACAAGUACAAAACAAGGCUUGUUGUGAAGGUGUACGCACAACAAUAUGGAAUUUAUUUUCAUGAAACCUUUGCACUAGUUGCAAGGUUCGAUACCAUCAGAUUUCUACUUGCAGUUGCAGCACACCACAAGUGGCAAGUAUUUCAAUUGGAUGUUAAGUUUGCCUUCCUUAAUGGAUCUAAAAAAAAAAGCAUCGAUCAGACAUGCAAUAGCUCCUUCUGGACUAGGGAUGAGGAUAAAAUCUUUGAGAAUACCCUAGCGAUCUACGUUAAUGAUAACAAUCUAUUCAUGAAGAUGGAAGAAGCACUUCCUGGGAAAUCACUUGAUGAUAUCAAGGAUCACUACAAUAUACUCGUAGAAGAUAUAUGUGUCAUCGAUUCUGGGCACGUUCCAUUACCCAAUUAUCCAAAAAUGCAAAGCAAUGGAAACAAAAGUACGAAAGCAUAUAUUGAAUGGCGAAGAGGGACUCAUUGGACAGAAGAGGAACACAGGUUGAUCAUCUCUCGAGGCUUAGGCAAAUAUGGAAAAGGUGACUGGAAGAGUAUAUCUGGGCAUUGUGUGAUAACAAGAACCACAAAAGGGACAGAAGAGAAGGAGCAAAACCAAGCUAUUGAUAUAAUUAGCGUGGAUGCUGAAUUCCGUGGAACUUUUCAAGUUCCAAACACCAUGGACAUGAUUGGACCUGAUUGUGGAGGAUCACAAGAAGUGCCUAACAGUAGCAAUGAGAGCAUGUAUCCUCUAGAAAGCACCAAUGCUGAGCAGAUGACAACAAUUGUUGGGGGCGAGCUAUCAGGUCAGAACACUUUUGUGAAUGUUGGCAGUCCCCCUUGA